AUGGGGAAAAGGCCAGUUCAGCAAAUGUCAAGAGGGGGGAUGUACAAUCUGAGUGAAGACAUGGAGAUGAAAGCCAAGGUAGCUGCCAUGGCUAGAAAAAUAGAGAAAAUGGAGUUGAGAAAAGUUCACGAAGUCCAAGCUAUUUUAGAACCUCAACAACAAGCCAAUCCUUGCUCCAUCUGUCAGUCAUUUGAACAUAUGGUGGAAGAAUGUCCCACCAUUCCAGCAGCAAGAGAAAUGUUCGGGGAACAAGCUAACCUGAUUGGCCAAUGGAAGCCAAAUUCAAAUGCUCCCUAUGGCAACACGUACAACUCUAGCUGGAGGAACCACCCAAACUUUGCAUGGAAGCCAAGGCCAAACCCAUAUCAGUCACUAGCCCAAUCAAACCAACAGAGUCAAGGUCAAUCCUCAGUUGAGCAAGCACUCAUAAGCCUUAGCAAGGUUAUGGGUGACUUUGUGAGUGAGCAAAAAUCCAUCAACUCUCAACUAAAUCAGAAGAUUGACAACGUAGAGAGUACAUUGAACAAGAAGAUAGAUGGGAUGCAUAAUGAGUUGUCUCAGAAAAUUGACAACAUCCAAUAUUCCAUCUCAAGGCUCACAAAUUUGAACACUGUCAAUGAGAAAGGGAAGUUUCCCUCUCAGCCUCACCAAAAUCCUAAGGGGAUACAUGAAGUGGAAUCCAAAGAUGAGGAUUCUUCAAAGGUGAGGGACAGUAAGUAA